CCACAUUCCCUAGAAUCUUCGCACGUUUCUGCGAUGCUCUCGGUGUCCACAGAUCUCACUGGCCUUCGGAGGAGAAACCUGUGAACCUCGCGGUCUGGGCAUCCUAACAACCGGCUCCUAAACUUGGUUGUAUGACAGGCGCCGCAACUCACUCUCCGCCUCUCUGUCUCCAAGACUACACUCUCCAGAGGCCUCUGCGGCCACUUCCGUCCUCCCUCACGCUCGCCGCUGAGCGUGCAGCGUUGACGUAGUAGGGACACUUCCGGUUGGCGGGUCCAGCCCAUUAGCCUGGAUGGGCCUGCUUAGGCUGGUGUCUCCCACGGUUCUGCACUUCGUUCCCCGGGCUUCAGCCUCAGGAUUGGCAGCGUGCACCCCGCGUUCCAUCUGUCUUCUGAGACUUUGCCCUUCUCCAGGGAGAACACUCAGGAGACCAGGAAAAUGGCCACGGGGCUCCUGAAAGAGGCGUUCGUGGCGUUCAGGGACGUGGCUGUGGACUUCACCCAGGAGGAGUGGAGGCUGCUGAGCCCUGCCCAGAGGACCCUGCACAGGGAAGUGAUGCUGGAGACCUACAACCACCUGGUCUCGCUGGAAAUUCCGCUUUCCAAACCAAAACCCAUUUCUCAGCUGGAGCAAGAGGAAGAGCCCUGGGUAGAGGAGAGACAACAUCCGCUGGGCCUCCGUCCAGCAGGAUCAAAGCUAGAAAUUCAACCUUGUCCCUCCUGCCCUCUGGCAUUCUCUAGUCAGCAAGCCCUCAGCCAGCAUGUGUGGCUCAGUCAUCUCCCUCAGCUAUUCUCAAGUUUAUGUGCAGGAAAUCAUCUCUAUCCAGGGAAACACUAUCCAGAAGAUCAGAAACAGCAGCAGGAGCAGCUCUUUGAUCAAACCUGCUCCAGCGACGAAGCAGAAAUUCAAGAGAAAGAAGAGGGCUCCAAAGCCUUGUUUGGGAGAGUAAGCAAAAGCAACAUUUCAAAGGCAUUCUCCAGCCCACCAGAAGAGCAGCCAGUAAGGUCCAAGGAAGACAGAACAGUGGUGGAUAUAGGGCCCAGCCCAGACCAGAGGACACACUUUGAGGAAACAGACAAAGUAUUGCAUGGUUUAGAAGUCUCAGGAUUUGGAGCAAUCAAAUAUAGAGACUUGGGGCUAGGCUUUAGCAAGGGGUCAAACCUGCUCAGCCUCCCGAAGACACUCCUGGGGGAGACACCUUAUACGUACAGUGAGUGGGGACAGAGCUUUAGCAGUAUAUCAGUCCUCAUCAAAAACCAGAGGACACACUCUGGAGAAAAGCCUUAUGUGUGCAGGGAAUGCGGACGAGGCUUUACCUGGAAGUCAAACCUUGUCACACACCAGAGGACACACUCAGGAGAGAAACCUUAUGUGUGCAAGGAGUGUGGACGAGGCUUUACUUGGAAAUCAAACCUCUUCACACAUCAGAGGACACACUCAGGGGUCAAGCCUUAUGUGUGCAAGGAAUGUGGGCAGAGCUUUAGCCUAAAGUCAAACCUCGUCACACACCAGAGGGCACACUCGGGGGAGAAGCCUUUUGUGUGCAGGGAAUGUGGGCGAGGCUUUUGCCAGCAUUCACACCUCAUCAGACAUAAGAGGACACAUUCAGGAGAGAAGCCGUAUGUGUGCAGGGAGUGUGAGCAAGGCUUUAGCCAGAAGUCACACCUCAUUAGACACUUAAGGACACACACAGGAGAGAAGCCUUAUGUAUGCACAGAAUGUGGGCGUCACUUUAGCUGGAAGUCAAACCUCAAGACACACCAGAGGACACACUCAGGGCUUAAACCUUAUGUGUGCCUGGAGUGUGGGCAGUGCUUUAGCCUGAAGUCAAACCUUAACAAACACCAGAGGUCACACACAGGAGAGAAGCCGUUUGUGUGCAGAGAAUGUGGGCGAGGCUUUACCCGUAAAUCAACCCUCAUCACACACCAGAGGACUCACUCAGGGGAGAAGCCAUUUGUAUGUGUGGAAUGUGGGCGAGGUUUUAAUGAUAAGUCAACCCUCAUCUCACACCAGAGGACACAUUCAGGGGAAAAGCCUUUCAUAUGCAGGGAGUGUGGUAGAAAGUUUAGCCAAAAGCCAAACCUAUUUAGGCACAAGAGGGCACACUCAGGUGAUAUCCCCUUUGUGUGCAGAGAGUGUGGGCAAGGCUUUUGUGAUAAGUUAACUCUCAUUACACACCAGAGGGCACACUCAGGGGGGAAGCCUCAUGUGUGCAGGGAGUGUGGGCAAGGCUUUAGCCGGCAGUCACACCUUAUUAGACACCAGAGGAUACAUUCAGGAGAGAAGCCUUAUGUUUGUAGAAAGUGUGGACGAGGCUUUAGUCGGAAAUCAAACCUCAUCAGACAUCAGAGGACACACUCAGGAUAGAAACCUUGUGUGUACAAGGAGUGUAGUGAAACCUUUAGUCAAGAGUCACACUUCAUGAGACACCAGAGGUCACACUCAGGGCUGUGGCUUUAGUAGUAAGUCAACCAUUGCCAGACACCAAAGUGGAGACAUCUUAUGUGCGAUGGGAGUAUUCACGAGGCUGUUAAUGGUAAGAUUCAACAUCUCCAAUCCACCUGAAGGAGAGUUGCUGGCCUGUUUUCUGGAUCUCUGGCUUUCCCUAGUGGGGCUGGUGGUUGUGGAAGGUCUCUCAGGUAACUUGAUGAAGGGAGUACUUCUAAACAGGUUGAGGUUAGGGAACAGAGACUAUUCCAAUGUCAUUUCCCAAGUACACCUGCAUACUCCUUCUGCAGUAACCUGGAUGUUACAGAAACAACAAUACUACAGCUUGUCUCUAAUGUCUGUCUGACCUUCUGAGAACAAGAGGCUUAACAGACACCAUGGCUGAUUUAAUCUUGCUUCCCCAGAGCAUGCCCCAGCAGAGUCAGCUUCAGGGAGAGUUUGGGAAAUGGUGAAUUCAUGGGGACAGAGCACAUGGGUAGAGGAAGGUUUUAUUAUGCAAAGGGCUGACAGGUAAGAAAGAUUGUAACUGUCUUAGCUCUAGGUUUUGGGAAGGAGUAUCUGUUUUUGGAAAUACUGUCCCUGUGCUUGCUUACCGGGGCUUUCUCUGGUUUCCAGAUUGAAUCCAUAUUGAAGAUAAUUUUAUUGACUGGUGUAUUUAGACUAGAACUGUAUUAUGUGCUUUUAUGAAGAAAACACACACUUAAAUAUAAAAAUAGAAAAUGAAAUUCCUUUCUAUUUUUCUUUGAAUUACCAUACAAUAUCCCACAGGUAAUUCUUCAGUUUAAAUCUUUCUAACCAUUGUAAAAUAUGCUAUUUUUCUGGUUGGGAAUACGCUCUUUUUGAAAAUGGCAGUGUCCCACAAAUUAACUUACAAUCCUGGGCCAAGUCCCCUGCUUUUUCGUGGAGCUUGACUGAAUGAUUCUUAAUUUUAUUUGGAAAGUGAAAUUUCCAAGAAUGGGCAGGAAAAUAUAUGAACCGUAUAAUAACAUGUCUUUUUACGUGUGUACAGGUAUUUAGAGUAGAUCUUUAGAACCAGAUAAAAAAUAGAAAAACAAACUCAUUUAUAUAUGAGUAUUUAGAAAAUGAUGGAGCAGGAUUUCAACCUAGUGUGAAAAUGGCAAGUACAAGUUUCAGUGUUUGACUCAUUGGCUCUCAGUGUAAGGAGAAAAUAAACAUAGCUCCCAAAGUCUCAAUAUCCAAAGGAGUUCGAGUUAGGGAAGCACUGUCUCAAAUAAUAUGAGGUGUAGGAGUCUUAAUAUUUGUUCAACAUCUAAGUUUGAGUAGAGCGAGCAGAACUUGGUGCAAAAUUAUGAAACAUUAUCCUAGAUGGAGCAGUGGGCAUGGCCUGCGCUUCUCAUCCCUCCCCAUGGUAGUUCCUGACCUCAUGUUCUUACUCCUCAAUAGAAAAAUACCCUUUGAGUCUUAGAAUUUAAUUAUUCUUUUCCAUAAACUCAUAUCACAAAGAUUCCAAAAUUAAACAUGUAUCUUAUACUGUUUUUUAACUUUCAGAAGGAAUAUUACAGUUUUCAAGGUAAUUGGUCCAUAAAACUAAAAGAUUUUGGCUUUAAUUGUUUGAGAUUCUCAACAAGAAAAAAUAGAACACUGCUGGUAUAUGAAGACUCAGAUAAAUUCAAAGAGCUAAAACCCUGGGAGACAGUUUCUUUGGAGAAGCAACCAAACAGAGAAGGCUGGAAAUGUUCUGAGGAAGGGACAGAAAGAAGCCCUAUCCUUUGGCCCUGCCCGGGCCCCACCUCUGCUGAUUCUUAAACCCACAUCAAUCCCUCUGCUUAGAACCUCCCAGAAGAGACAGAAUUGGCACAGCUAACCUGAGUUGUCCACCUGGGCCUCACAUUAAAAUUUAGUGUGCCAAUUUGGAAGCUGAUUAGGAGGCAAGUACCACAUAGUAUUCAGAUAUGUGAAUCUUCUCAGUCUUUUGUUUUUACUUUGUUCCAGUCUCAGUCUGGACUAGCCAUCCACUAGUGCAUAUAUUUCAUAUCCUGAGGUGACAGCUCUAGAUGUUUAAAACAAACAGAAAAAGUGCCCCAGAGCAACUACUGCCUAUCCUACCACUCCCAUGGUAAAUAGUAGACUAUGCUGCAUGGAGAAAAUUUUGAAGAAAAGAUGAUAAAUGGUAUGAAACAAUGAAUAUUCCUUCAAAUCCAUAAACCUGUUAUGGACACCAUUGAAAUGUUCCAUUUUAAAAUGAGUGGCAAGAUCAGCCCUGAGCUAACAUCCGUGCUAAUCGUCCUCUUUUUGCUGAGGAAGACCAGCUCUGAGCUAACAUCUAUUGCCAAUCCUCCUCCUUCCCCCCCCACCCCCGAAAGCCCCAGUAGAUAGUUGUAUGUCAUAGCUGCACAUCUUUCUAGUUGCUGUAUGUGGGACGCAGCCUCAACAUGGCGAGAGAGGUGGUGCGUCGGUGUGCACCCAGGAUCCGAACCUGGGCUGCCAGUGGCGGAGCGCGCGCACUUAACCGCUAAACCAAGGGGCCGGCCCAUAUGCUUUUAAUUUUGAGAUAAUUGUAGAUUCAUAUGCAGUUGUAAGAAAUUAUAUAGAGAGAUCCCAUGUGCUCUUUGCUCAGUUUACCCCAAUGGUAAUAUCUUGCAAAACUAUAGUACAAUAUCAUAACCAGGAUACUAAACUUGAUGUGUACACACCUUUUAAAUAUUUUAUGUAAUGAAAAGAGAGAUACACAUAGAGCCCUUCUUCAUGCUGAAGUGUGAAGUUGUUUCAAGGAAAUGCACUUCUCUGCUUGUUUGAGUUGUGAGCGGAGCUAGACUUUUUUUUAUGGACACCAAUUUUAUUUGAAAGAAUAACUGACAAAUUUUGAAUAAGAUGAUUCAGACUUGGCUAUUUGGUGGAUAUUUUUGUCAAAAAUGAAGUGAUUUUUGAAAACUGGCAGUAAUUUUUGUUAAUUUGACUUUCAAGGAAAAAAUUUGAAUAUUGAAAAACAAAUAUCUGCCACCAUGAACUUGACAGCUUCCCAAUACUUAGUCUUUUGCGAUAAGAUUAAUGAAUGUGAUUUUAUAAUCCAUAUAAUGAAAUAUGUCAAUAUUUGGAAGAUCUGCCUAAUUCAUUGAACUAAUCUUUUCCAAAUGAUUAGUGCAUGAUGCUGCAAAAUCAUUCAUGAGUAUAUUAAAGUAUAAGAUAGACAAAUGGAUUUUAAUUUAAAGAGAGAAAGGCCAGAUUCUACAUUAUAAGUAACCUUUAAAAAAUUACCACUUGUUGAUUUUUGGUGUAGUAUCAAAGAAUAUCAAAGAAUAAUAUGACAAGUAUCUGAAAAGGCCAUUAGAAUACUCCUCCGUUUUCUAACUCUGUAUCUUGUGAGGCCACAUUUUCUUGAUCUCAACAGAUUAAAUGGAGGAGCACAUAUGAAAUACCAGCUAUCUUCUAUUAAACUAGACAUUGAAGACAUUUGGAAAAAUAUAAAAUAAUGCCACUAUGCUCACUGAUUUAUUUUUUUGGUGGAAGAUAUUCAAACCCAAGUGAAAGUGAAACAUCUUACUUUUCACCUUUAAGUGUCUUGUUUCUAGAUGUUGAUGGUCUGUAUUCCACAGUGAAAAAUGCUUCACACACACACACCAGAAAAAAAUGUUACAUGUCGUAAUACCUAACAUACAUAUAAUAGCUAUGCUUUAUAUAAUUUAAACUAGGCAUAGAAGAAAAUUACCAAAUAAAACAAAUACAAAGAAAAUGCUUCUUAACACCCACUGACAGGUGUAAACCUUCGAUCUGAAGUAUGCUGCUCUAUCUAGACAAAACAAAUCUCGGAGCAUAUUCAGUUCUAGAGCUAAAUUACAUAAUUGCUUGAUCUCCUCCAUGCUUGUGCCUAUGUCUCUUUCUGAAUAUUCUUGCCAAAUAUUUUUUCUAUUUUUUUAUCUAACAAGCAGCUUUAUGGUUUUAGUCAUCUCUUUAGUGUGUCUUUUUUUAUGUAUUUUGUUAAUUUGUGUUAAUAUUUACCAAUUUCCUCAAGUUAAUUUCUUUUUUGUUGUAUUGCUAUGUCAAGCUUAUUUAAUCAUAAUUCAGCUCAUUUAUCUUCCUUUCUACUGAUCUUCUGAAAGUCAGUUCAUUUCAAGUGGCUUAUAAUUUUCAUUUUUAUUUUCUC